GGAGAGAAGGGAGAGUUGUAUGAGGGCUCAGGGUGGCGGCCGCAGGAACCCCCCGUCCCAGCGGUGGCGCCUGCUCCCCUCCUCCGCCCUCCCCCGCGUUGGUCCGCGCCGUGGAGCGCCGACUAGCAGGCUCUGUGCGCAUGCUCCGGCCGGGGGCGCAGACCUCGCCGUCCUUUCUGGAUUUCGGCUCGGUGUCCGCUGUGCUGCGGGUGCUAAGUCCUAAUCAUGGUGUCGCCGUUCGAGUCGUCUAUUGUGGCGCUUGAGGCUACAAGUCCAAGUAUCUUCAAACUCAAGAAGAAGUUAGAAGAGAGUUCCCUGGACGCCUGGACAUCUGUGGCGAGGGGACUCCCCAGGUCACCGGGGUUCUUUCGAAGUAUUGGUAGCAGGAAGUUGGUUCACUCCAAGAAGGGAGGUGAUGGCUACGUGGAUACGGAGAGCAAGUUUCUGAAGUUGGUGGCUGCCAUCAAAGCUGCUUUGGCUCAGGCUAAUGUGCCCUGAAGGCAGAGUCCAGUGACUUGGCCAGCUCCUCUCGGCAGACGCUUCAUGACAGGAAGGACUGAAAUGUCUUGUGGACGCCUGGUCCUUCCCUGAUGUUCUCAUGGCUGCUGGGCGGGCAGAGGGACACCCUUGGUCUUUGCCUGUGUGUGGAAGUGUGUGUGUGUCCCCAGGAAUUUAACUUUGCACACUGGUUCCACUCCUUCCUUCCUCCCCCCACCCCUGUCUCCCUGCAUUCCCCAUGCCUCCUUUCCCCUCUUGGGUGUUUGGGGUGAUCCUGCUCCAGGCUUUCUCUUCAAGGAGGAGCCGAGGGAAGGAUUAGGAUGAGUGAAUCUCAGAUUUCACAAUUCAAUAAAUGCUGAUGAGGUUAACAAAACA